AUGCACGAAAUGUCCUACAUGGGCCGUCGGGCCUUCAACCACUCGCAAAGCAACGACGCAGAAGCUGAAUAUGACCGCCUCCGUGACCUCGCCCGACAAGAAGCCACAAAGCGCGGUUCCUGUUUCCAGCGCUCUCAAGAAGCAUACACAAGCGGCGAUGGCGCUCUAGCCAAAGAACUUUCCGAGCAGGGCAAAGCCCACGGCCGCAAGAUGGACGAGUACAACCGCCAAGCGUCGGAGUUUAUCUUCCGGGAGAACAACGCUGCGGGUCGGGUAGAUGCCGACACGAUUGAUCUUCAUGGCCAGUUUGUCGAGGAGGCGGAGGAUAUCCUCGAGGAGAGAAUCAAGUAUGCGAAGAGCCAUGGGCAGACGCAUUUGCAUGUGAUCGUCGGCAAGGGAAACCACUCCGCCAACCAUGUCCAGAAGCUUAAGCCGCGCGUUGAGCAGGUGUGCCGCGAGUUGGGGCUCCAGUAUGCGACAGAGGAGAAUGACGGGAGGAUCUACGUGAAUCUAACCGGUGGACCCGCGGAUAUGGGUUCAGCGCCAUCGUAUGGACAUGGGCAUGGUCAGACACAUGGCGGGCAGUACCCGUCGCAUCAACAGCAUCAUCAGCAACAACAACAUCACCAGCAACAGGAACAGCAAGGCGGAAACCAGGACCAGGUCGAGCAGGUGGUCAACGAACUUCUGCCCCGUGUGCUGCGGAAGUUGGAGAAGGCGUGCUGUGUGGUUAUGUAG